AUGAAUUUAUUUAAACGAAUUGUAUCAAGUUUAACCAAUGAACAAUUACCUCAACUAUUAUCAUCAACAAUAGGAGGGGCAUCUGUAACGUCAUCAACGAUGACAACAACAACGACACCUUGUUUAAUGAAAAAAGAAGGAUGUAAUACAUUUUUAGACUGUUUAAAUAAUAAACACUAUAAAUCAUAUGAUUGUGAAAAUCUUUUCAAUAUGGCUGCAGCUACAGUGGCUGCCAUGGCAGCUGCAGCAUCAAUGACAAAUUAUCAUUCACCAUUAAAUAAUUUACACAAUUCAACUCAUCAUACAUCAUCAGAUUUAUAUGAUUCAUUGAAUAUAUUCCAAAAUUCUUCAUUAACCGAUUAUAAUUUGUCUAAUAAUAACAUUACUACUACAUCUGUAAAUACAGUAAAUAAUAAUAAUAUUACAAGUAGUAAUAGUAAUGUCACGUCAGUUAUGUCUAAUCAUUCAUUUAAUUCACAUAUAAGUAAUAUUCACUUACCUAUGGGAUUAUCAACAGGACAUAUGAAUAAUGCAGUUAAUGCUAUGCCUAAUAUUCAUCAUUCAUUGACAUCGCCUACAUCAUCAUCAUCACCAUCACCAUCGACAGUUGUUAGUAUGAGUAAUAAUGGAAUAAAUUCAAAUUCUUGGAUAAGAACAAAUGAAAAUACAAUUAGUGUUAUCGAUAAAGAUGGAAAAAAGAAGCAUACACGUCCAACGUUUUCUGGUCAACAAAUAUUUGCAUUGGAGAAAACAUUUGAACAAACAAAAUAUUUAGCUGGUCCAGAAAGAGCUCGUUUAGCAUAUUUCUUAGGAAUGUCUGAAAGUCAGGUUAAAGUAUGGUUUCAAAAUAGACGGACAAAAUGGAGAAAAAAGAAUGCAGCUGAAAUGAUGUCAAGUAGAUCUAAUCUGUUUACAGAAAAUCCAACAUCUAAUCUAACUACUAAUGCUGUACAACUAGCUAGUGGUGAUUAUGAUCAUACAGAUUUAGGAAGUGAAAGUAUGAGUGGAGACGAUUGUUUUUCAUCAGAUGAUGUAAAUAUGACUAGGCCAGAAUCAAAUCAUUUGCCAUUAGAACAAAACUAUCAAUCAGAAAUGGAUAAUGAACAAAAACGAACUGUAAAUUUCUCUAUUCCAAUUACUACCAAUCACAAUUGUCCUACCAAUACUAUUAGAGAUAAUUUUGAAGUUAGUAAUGGUAAUAAUACAUCUAUGGGAAUCGAUUAUACAAAUACUCAGAAAAUAUCAUCAACCUCAAUUAAUCUGAAUAAAGAUAGUAAUUCUUGCAAACAACCACAAUUAAAUGAUCUGAAUUUAUUAAACUUAAUGUCUAAAUCGCUUGAGCAUCAACAAGAUUGGUUUCAGAAAUAUCACCAAUCCAACCCACUUAAUAUAUCACCUACGCAAAUGAUUAGUCCACAACAUUCUUCUUUUCUUAAUGCAUAUGACGGAGUAUCUCAUACUUCAACUAUAAGUCAAUCGACAAGUAAUAACAAAAGAACCUACUCCCUUAAUAAUGAUGAUUUUCCUUUAGGAUCACCUACAUCGAAAGGGUUCAGUAUUCCCAAAGUAAAUGAACCAUCACCUUUAGAUCACUCUACAUUUAAUGAAGAAAAUCUGAAUAUGAAAUAUAAUUUAAAAUAUCAUGCCAAUCCAAACUUUUCCAAUCACUUAACUACAUCUAUGAAUAAUGACAAAAGAAACUUUAAUCAAAAUAAACAUCAGAAAUCAUAG